AUGCUGCGCGUGUCCGCUCCUCCCUCGCGCUCUCUCCUCGCCCCGGAGUCGCUAACUACAGCAGCGAAGCUCACCGUCGUCGCGUCGCGAACUCUCACCGCCUGGCAACCCCACAGCGCAGCAACAGCAGCAGCAGCAACCCAGGAGCUUUCCAGUCGUCGUCUGCACCGCAGCACCGGAGCUCCUUAUUUUGCUCGUUCACCAGAUCGAUCGUCCGGUGCCGCAGCGACCGCGUCGCUUCGUCUAUCUCUCACUGGUUCUGCCGCCACCUCCUCCCACGCUAGGUCUUCCUCCCUCUCCUCCUGUUCCUCCUACGCGCCUCGCUUCGCCUGUACUUUUGCGGCUGAUUCUCGCGCUCGGUCCGCUCCCCGCUCCGCCGCUCCCCGCGCAUCCGCCAGCGCCGGUACCGCGUCCGCCAUGGCUACCAAGUCCGCAAGAGCCGCGGAAGCGCUGCAACGCGUUAAGGAUGCCGGUCUAUUCCGCGACCAGUGCCUUAUCGGGGACAGCUGGGUUGGGCCUCGUGACGCCGGCCCUACUAUGGACGUAGUUAAUCCAGCCACGGGGGACCUUAUAACGCGUAUCCCGAAUCACGGGUACGACGAGACGCGCCAGGCCAUCGCCGCCGCGUCCGCGGCCUUUCCUGGUUGGUCGACGCGCACCGCGAAGGAGCGCGCCGCGGUGCUGCGCAGGUGGUACGAACUAAUCAUUGCGAAUCGCGAGGAGCUCGCGCUGCUGAUGACUCUGGAGCAGGGAAAGCCGUUGGCCGAGGCGCGCGGCGAGGUCGACUACUCCGCGGGAUACGUGCAGCUAUACGCGGAGGAAGCGACGCGGACCUACGGCGAUAUCAUCCCCGCACCGCUAGCGGACAGGCGGAUUCUGGUCCAGAAGCAGCCGGUGGGGGUAGUAGCAGUAAUUACCCCGUGGAAUUUCCCCCUCGCGAUGAUUGCGCGCAAGGUCGCGCCUGCUUUAUCGGCGGGUUGCACGGUUGUCGCGAAGCCGUCGGAGCUCACCCCGCUCUCCGCGUUCGCGCUCGCGGAGCUGGCGUUGAAGGCGGGCGUGCCGCAUGGGGUGAUUAACAUCGUUGUAGGCGACGCGCCGCCCAUCGGACAGGCGAUUAUGGAGAGUUCCGAGGUGCGGAAGCUGAGCUUCACCGGGUCUACUGCCGUAGGGCGGCGCCUCAUGGCGGGCGCCGCGGCGACGGUGAAGCGGGUGUCUUUAGAACUCGGGGGAAACGCGCCGUUUAUAGUCUUCGACGACGCUGACGUGGCGGUCGCCGUGAAAGGGCUGCUCGCGGCGAAGUUCCGGAACGCGGGGCAGACGUGCGUGUGCGCGAAUCGCGUGCUGGUCCAGGAGGGAAUCUACGACGAAUUCGUCUCCGCAGUCAAAACAGCCAUGGAGCAGCAGUUAACUGUUGGAUUUGGGCUCGAGGACGGGGUGACUCAAGGGCCGUUGAUCAACCAAGCAGCAGUGGAGAAGGUGGAAAGCCAUGUAGCCGACGCGGUGAGCAGAGGAGGCAAGGUGCUGCUAGGAGGCUCUAAAGCCCACCCGUCCUACCUCUCUGCCCCGGCCGGAGAGCUACCAGAGAAGCUCCCUGGAUGCUUCUUCCAGCCAACGCUCGUGGUAGAUGUUCCUUCGGACUGCCUGUGCUUCCAGGAGGAAACAUUCGGGCCGCUGGCCGCUGUUCACAAAUUCUCCUCUGAAGCCGAAGCGCUGCGCAUUGCGAAUGACUCGGAGUUUGGUUUAGCUGCGUAUGUGUACUCGUGGGACAUGGGGCAGUGCUUUAGGGUUGCGGAGGGGCUACAGGCGGGGAUUGUGGGCGUGAAUGAGAGCGCGAUCAGCACGGAGGUGGCGCCGUUUGGAGGGGUGAAGCAGUCGGGCAUGGGGCGCGAGGGGUCGCGGGUUCUUGAGGCGGCGUUGGCGAUGGUGUGGGGUGUGGGGGGACCUUGA